AUGAGCCGAGCUAACGCGUCGGUAUUUUGGCCUGGAAUCACCACGGACAUCCAGGAGGUUCGUAAACAGUGUCGCACAUGUGACUUCAUAUCACCCAGCCAACCGCAUCUACCAGCCGCCGAGCCAUUUGUUGCGGUGCUACCCUUCCAGGCAGUUGCAACCGAUUAUUUCAAUGUGCGGGGAAAGAAUUAUCUCCUAACUGUUGACAGGUUUACCAAUUGGCCCGAUUUGAGACAGGCAAGCGCAGCCACCGCAGAGGCCGGAGCCGCUGGUCUGAUAAAAGCGUUGCGGCAAUUGUUCGUCCAAUUUGGUGUACCAGAGCACUUGUCCAGUGACGGCGGACCGGAAUACAAAUCGCACAUCAUGAGGGAUUUCAUGUCGCGGUGGGGUAUCACCCAUCGACUAUCUUCAGCUUACCAUCCCCAGUCCAACGGCCGUGCAGAGGUUGCGGUAAAGGCCAUGAAACGUCUUCUUGUGGACAAUGUGGACGAAAGCGGAAACAUAAAUACAGAUGCCGUUAUGCGUGGCAUGCUUUAG